ACCACGGAAGAAAUCAUCCAGAAGAUGAAGGAGCGGGAGGAGACCCUUCGGCUGGAGUGGUUGCGCUUGGAGCAGGAGAUUGCAGCCCAGGAAGCCACUCAGAAGACUCUGGAAAAGGCUGCAGAGGUGGUGGAGGAAAGCAAAGAGGAAAAGGUCCCAUGGGAUAUGUGGACUGCCCUUUCCAUGGUCAUCUUCCUGAUGAUUGAGCUCUGGAGGCAGGAUUUCCAGGAAGGGACUUGGCAGGACACAGGAGGAGAAGAGGAUGACAUGGCUGUCCUGGGGAAAGCGUUUAAAGGUGUGGCGUUUCCUGACAAGGCCGUCUUGGCCAGCUUCUGUGAGAAGCGCAUCCUGGGUACCACCGGAGACAUGGCCAGGAUGCGGGAGAUGGUGGAAGGCUUUGCAGAUGACCUGCUGGAAGCCUUGAGGAGCGUUUGUAACCGAGAUGCUGACAUGGAAGUGGAGGACUGCAUGGGCGUGGGGAGCAUGUAUGAGAACUGGAGAGUGCGUAAACCUUUUGUCUGUGAUCUGAUAGUGCCUUUUGCCCCCCCAGAACCAUACUGUUUUCGGUCCCAGACCUGGUGCUCUGGCACCUCUUCUCCCCCCGAUGAACAAGGUUAUGGCACUAUCAAGGUUUGCAGGGCAGAUGGGGCUGUGACAGGUUGCAUCUGUGACAAGACUAAACUAGGGGAAGAUAUGCUGUGCCUCCUGCAUAGUCAAGCCAAUACUACCAGGCCCAGCAGUGAGAUGGAAGACCUCCUGUACUUCAAAAAUACUCAAUAUCUGGAUGCCAACCAAGUCAUGAAGUGGUUCCAGAUUGCGGUCACCAAGGCCUGGAACAGAAUCUCCCACAAGUAUGAAUUUGACCUCUCCUUCAGCCUCCUGGACUCCCCGGGAGCCCUGAAGAUAAAAUUUAGGUCAGGGAAAUCGAUUGCCUUCAACCUCACCCCUGUGGUGCAGUACGAGAACUCCGAUGUUUACUUCAUCUCUCAUUUCCCUCGGAGCAGCCUGGCAGCAGACCUCCCCUCCAGCACUCACUGGUUUGUCACCUUCGCAGUGUAUGAGAGAAGGUUCAUCCAGCUGGUCUCCAAAACACUGCCUGCCAACGCCUGCCAUGUCAGCUGCCUUCAGAUCCUCUCCUUCCUCCACGGGAAGCAGUGCAGCCUCACAGGUCCAAGCGGGCUCACCAACUACCACCUGAAGACAGUGAUGAUGCAUCUCCUGCAGGCGUGUCCCAGUCAGGACUGGGCCCCAGAGAAGUUGGAGGCCCGUCUACGGGACAUGAUGAAAUUCCUGGAGAAAUGUUUGCAUGAAAAGAAGCUCUGCCACUUCUUCAUCGGCAAUGGGAAGGUGCCAGCAGAGCUGGGCUUCCCCAUCGUAUUCCAGAGGGCUGAGCCUCUCAACCUUUUCCGUCCCUUUGUGCUACGCAGGGAUGUUUACAGGAAGACAGUGGACACGUUCCACGAGAUGCUCAGGAACACGUCUGCACUGAUAAAUGAGUACACGGUGCACAUUCCCCUUGCACACGCCAAUGGGAUCCAUAAGGAAUCCCUUUAG